UCAGUCGGUUAUGGCUUUCCCUUCACACAACGGAAGCCGCGGAGAGAGCGACACAUAAUCCCCUCAGCCAAUUGGUAUUUGACGUGUUGCCCACUCGCCCGACAAAUGCUCGAACUGUUGGCUCCAGAGAAUUCUGAAUCGCUUCGAGGACAAGAACCCUCGCCCUUCGCCUUCGGCUUCGAUCCUUCUCCUCAUCUCUCUCUCUCUCUCUCUCUGGAGAAUCUGUGUUUGGUUUCUUCCAUUUCGAUCUGAUUUGGUUUUGUUUUCGCCCAAUGCAACGAUUCGUUGACAACGUCCUCGCUGUCACCAAAGAGUCAGUGAAAACAGUUACUUAUGAAUCUUUGAACAAUAUUGUGAGGCUGAUAAAUGGAAUUUCAGCCCUUCUAUUAGCCAUUUUACCUGGGAAGACUUCUAUUCUUGAAGGUGUUCAUGGCUGGGAACUUAGGCCAACAUUUCGUGGACCACGAUUUCCUCAAUGGAUGGAAAAUGGUGUUUCAUCUUUCAAUCAGUUCAUCCAUGAACUUUCUGUGGAUUCUGAUACAUCAUCAAGUCUCGAUUACUCAUCUGGAGAAGAUAGUGAUGGAAAUACACAUCCCGCAUCUCCAUUGUCCCACAGUUCCAGGGUCUCCAGGGCAAACAGCUUCACUAAGCCUGACAGGCGUAGGACACACUGGAUUGGAUGGAUGUUUUCAUGGAUACUUGUUCCUAUUAAUUUUCUAUUGGGUAUUCCAUUAUAUCUCUACCGUUCAUCUUUCUGUAGACAGUCAAGAGUUCCUACUAAUGCUGAAAGUUUCCAGCCAUCUAUUUUGAGGUCUCCUAGGAGAAGUCAUGGCCUCAAGGACCAUUUCAUUCAACGCACCACUGACAGGAGACGUGGAGUAAUAGAGGACCUCCAUCUAGCAAUUGAAAUUUCUAUAGAAGCAAUAUUUGAUAUUGUUCACAAGGCAGCACAUGGCGUUCUCUCACCAUCAAAAUUAUUCAGAGCAUUAUUUGGAUGGUUUUCUUCUCAUGGCAGUGGCAAUGAACAUACUGCUGCCAGUGAUCUGGAUGGCACCGUCUUAACUGCCACUCUCGGAGAUGAUAAUCCAUCCCUUACUGAAAGGAAAACCACUUUUCAUCAGGCUUUGAAUACAGAUGCUCGAACGUGUCAAGAUGUCAUAACACAGUUUGGGUACCCAUAUGAAGCUAUUCGUGUAGUAACUGCUGAUGGUUAUGUUCUCCUGUUGGAAAGGAUUCCAAGACGUGAUUCAAGGAAAGUCGUUUAUCUCCAGCAUGGAAUAUUGGAUUCAUCAAUGGGUUGGGUAUCUAAUGGAGUCGUUGGUUCUCCAGCCUUUGCCGCUUUUGAUCAAGGUUAUGAUGUAUUUCUUGGGAACCUUCGCGGUUUAGUUUCCAGGGAGCAUAUUGACAAGAGUAUUUCUUCACGGCAGUAUUGGCAUUACUCUAUCAAUGAGCAUGGGACUGAGGAUAUACCUGCAAUGAUUGAGAAAAUUCAUGAAGUAAAAAUGAAUGAAUUGAAAUCAGGGCAGCCUGUUCUGGAGGAAGAGACCACUGGUGAUCAGCCAUAUAAGCUUUGUGCAAUUUGCCACAGUUUGGGAGGAGCUGCUAUUUUGAUGUAUGUUGUUACACGCCGGAUUGAAGAAAAAGCCCAUAGACUUUCAAGGUUGAUCCUACUAUCACCUGCUGGCUUCCAUGAUGAUUCCACCUUUGUUUUCACAUUGAUGGAGAACCUAUUCCUUUUGAUGGCUCCUAUACUGGCAACUUUUGUGCCUGCCUUCUAUAUACCUACAAGAUUUUUCCGUAUGCUGCUAAACAAGCUGGCGCGGGACUUCCAUAACUACCCUGCGGUUGGAGGGCUUGUCCAGACCCUAAUGAGUUAUGUAGUCGGUGGAGACAGCUCAAACUGGGUUGGGGUUUUAGGACUACCACAUUAUAAUAUGAAUGACAUGCCAGGAGUUUCAUUUCUUGUGGCUCAUCACCUGGCACAAAUGAAGCGAGCAGGAAAAUUUGUGAUGUUUGACUAUGGGAGUGCAGCUUCCAACAUGGAAGCGUAUGGUUCUCCCGAACCAUUAGACUUGGGAGAAUACUAUGGGUUUAUCGAUAUCCCAGUUGAUCUUGUUGCUGGCCGCAAGGACAAGGUCAUCCGCCCCUCCAUGGUAAGAAAACACUAUAAACUGAUGAAAGAAUCAGGCGUGGAGGUAUCAUACAAUGAGUUUGAGUAUGCUCAUUUGGACUUCACAUUCUCACAUCGAGAAGAACUUUUAGCCUAUGUAAUGUCUCGCUUAAGACUCGUGGAGCCUGCUCGAAAGCAGCAAUCCGGACAAAAGGCGAGGUCAAAGAAGAAAGAUACAGAGGUAACUGAGUGAGUGAUGGAGAAAGCAGCAAAAAUCUGAUCACUUUCUUUUUUUGUUACUGGUGCUUCAGAGAUUUGCAUGCUCAACUUUUGUUUUUCACUGGUGUUGUAGAUGAGUUUCAGUGUAAUUUAUGAUAGAGAAACUGUACAUGCUAUGGUCAUCUUCUCCUCGGUCUUUAAAGGAAGCAAAAUGCUCUGUUAGUUUCCCCAUGUACUGGGAGUGGAGGAAAUUGUAUAUGUAAUGAAAGAUUUAGCUGCUGUAAUCAAUUUGUCAUUUGUA